AUGGGCGAUCCGUUGUCAGUUGCUUCUGGAAUAAUUGCUCUUUCUGGAUUUGCUCUCCAGGCUACCAAAUCGCUCUUUCAGACAAUUGAAAGUAUCCGGAACAGCAAGCGAUCAGCCAGAGAACUUCGGGAUGAAGUGGAGGCUCUUUGUCAGACCCUCGAGAUUUUGACACAACUGGCUACAGAAUAUGAGGUGGAGCUUUCGGCGCUGAAGCUACCUCUAUUCCGAUGUGGUUUUGUGUGCCAGGAGCUAAGUGAUCUAAUCAGCCGAUGUGUCAAGCACCCAGAUGGACAAAGGUCGAGCUUGCGUGAUUGGACCAGACUUCAGUACAUGGGUGAAGAUAUCACCAAUUACAGAAAUGUGCUUGGUAACUACAAGGCAACCAUUAACAUUGCGAUAGGCGGAGCAACUUUCCAGUCUGUCGCUGUCACGCGUCAAGUCCUUCAGGAUUACAAGGACAUGAUACAGAACACCACAACAGACCUUCAAGAGCGACUGAACGAAAUCGAGGACAAGCUAAAAUCCGGAUGCUUGCCAGACAAGCCAAGCGCGGAUAUGAACCGCGAAGAGUUACAAAGGAUAGAAGAGGAACGACAGAGUACAACACUCUGUCUUGAGAUCUGUAAACAGGUCUCAGGUUAUAUUGAGCUAUAUCAAUUUAAACGCGACAAUGGAGCAGGACAAGCAGCGAGCUCACCACAUGGUCACAAAACGCAAGCAAAGGCUAAUAUUGGCAUUGCUCGGCAAAUAGCCCAAAACUCCUUGACUUCUUGCCUUCAGAAUGUGAAUGCAGCGUCAGCUCGACUCCAAGAGCACCUCAAAAAUUUUGAAGCAAGCCUGCAGUCUACCAGCGAUCCAACAGUGUCUGGACAGAUUACUUGCGAGCUUCAGAAGAUUAAGGAAGAGAGAGAAACAAUCUCUCACUGUCUUACGAUCUGUUCGGAUGCCUCAAGUCUAUCUGAGAGUAGUCGGGUGAAUAUCUUCGAAGAUGUAACUUCCAUGGAUGACGCAAAGCAAGUUCUCGUGUCAACUAUUGGAGACUUGAUAAACGCGAAAAGGAUAACUACUGGAAUGAGGUCGUUGCAACUAAUAGGACAGAUGUCUGAUGAGUCAAUACAGCAUUUAUCUUCUCAGGACAAUUUCUCCAGGCGAGAAAGUGGCGGGUAUUGA